AUGGCCUCCGGAAUUUUCAACUCCACCUACUACGGCAAAGACUACCGCGCUGGAGCGGCCCUCCUGCGCGCCCGUCGUCCCUACCUUGUCAAGAAUGCCUUGACCGGACUCGGCCUCGUCGCGUUCACUAUCGGCGUCUACGCCUACACCAUCCGCGCAGUCGGUCAGGAUGAAUUCUCCGAUGUGAAGGUCCCCGAGACACCCGCGAAGCCCCAGCAGAAGCAAUGA